CUCACAGGCGGGACCUGUGAGCGGAAGCAGUUUUUGCAUCGCUUAAAAAAUCUAAUAUAUCUCCGUCAAACACUUGUUCUGCUGUAUCAGUUUGACGUCUGUAGCUUCUUCAGGAAUAUCUGCGUCAUAAAAAUUCAACCGCGAGGAACGGAAAGUCUGGUUUACGUCUAAAGACGUUUCUGCGCUUCGUUGACCGUUAGAAACCAACGAGGGCACGGACAAAACACGGCGAACCGGUCGCUGAACUGCUCCCUGACAUAGUUUUAGAUCGUUGUACGUCAAAGUCAAGUAGAGGAGUCCUGUUUUACCCGCUCGGUGUUGCUCAUUUGCAAAAAUCACAGUUCAGAUUUGAACAUUUAGCGCGUUUGUGUGAACCGGGAACGGACAUGCGCACUGGCUUCGGCAGGCAGAUGCGGAUAUAAGGAUUGGCGCCGGCGCCACAGCUGAUGCAUUCAUUCAUCUUUCGCUGAGGAGAAGAGCCAUAACAAUAAAUCAGCACCAUGUCCAGACGCAGCGAUCGCCUCACUCUUCAAGCCAGGGAUUCAAACGCAGCCGAACCAGCAGUCAGAAAACCACUGAAGAAAAGAAAGUCCGAGCCUUCUAAGAAGAAGCUGCAACCUGCGGCCAAGAAACAGAACUAUGAAAUACAGAAGUGUUGGUCGGAGGAUGGGGCAAGUCCAUGCAUUCUCAUUGAAACUCCCCACAAAGAGCUGGAGCCCUCAGACCCAUCCAGCUUCAAGCAGUACCAAUUCAAGAACCUCUUCAUCAAGGCCUCCCCCAUCCCUCGCCUCAGCUGGGCGAGUUCAGAUGACGUGUGGAUAAAAAUGCUCAACAAGGAGCUGAAGUACGUUCAUGACAAGAGCUACUUGCAGCGGCAUCCUAAACUGCAGCCCCAGAUGAGGGCGAUUCUGCUGGACUGGCUGCUGGAGGUGAGUGAGGUGUACAGCCUCCACAGACAGACGGCAUACCUGGCCCAGGACUUCUUUGACCGCUUCAUGCUGACUCAGGAGAACGUUGACAAAGAUAACCUGCAGCUCAUUGGCAUCACAGCCCUCUUCAUCGCCUCUAAGAUAGAAGAAAUUUAUCCUCCUAAAGUCUCCGAGUUUGCCUACGUCACAGACGAAGCCUGUGACAUGAGGGACAUCCAGCGCACAGAGCUUCAUAUAUUAACGGCAUUGGACUGGAACUUGUGUCCAGAAACUCCCAUCUCCUGGCUGAAGUUGUACGUUCAGGUGGAAGCCCAGAAAGAUGGAGAGAACUUCCUGGAGCCACAGUUUUCUCAGGAAACGUACAUCCAAAUCACACAGCUGUUAGAUUUGUGUAUGAUGGACAUCAGUUCGUUGGACUACAGCUAUAGUGUUCUUGCUGCUGCUGCCUUCUGUCACUUCUCUACUUUUGACGUUGUUCAUAAGGUCUCAGGCCUGACCUGGGAAAGCGUGUUCCCCUGUUAUAAGUGGAUGACCUCCUUCAUGGACACGGUGCGCUCUGAAGCCAAACCCCAACUGAAGAACUUCCCCAAAGUCAAAGCAGACAACAGGCACAACAUCCAGACGCAUGUGGCCUACCUGGAGCUGCUGAAAAAAGCUCAGGAGCCUCAAAUCGACAGCCCUGAAAGUCAGCUGUCACCCGUUGCAGUGGGAAAGAUGCUGACCCCGCCCAGCAGCACAGAAAAGUCAGCCAAUCCCUGAGCUAAUCCGCCCAGCGGGACACACUACCUCUCUUCAGGACAGCUUCAUCAGAGCAAGGCAUGCUGGGCAGGACGCCAUGUGGAGAAACUAAAGUUUUUAUGUUUGGUUGUUUUAACACUAAGCUCCGACUUCUGGCAGCCAAAACGGAGGCCAAACAAAGAACUGGUGAUCUUUGAUAACCUUUUUUUUUUCUUAUGGUUUUAAGCAUCAGCUGCAUUGAUGCAACAGUCUUCAUCGGACUAAUUUCACCGAUGAAGCCAGCUCUACGCGUGACUUCUAUUGAACGCUGGUCUAUCUUCCCUGUGAGCCAUAAUCUGGGAAUCUCACUGGUGCUGUUCUUAAAAUAGAAGCUUGAAAACUUUCUGAUGGUGCUUCAGUUGAUUCUCAGGAAAUGAGAUUUUUUUAAAUUACAGCAGUCAUUCCAUGUUAAAGAGGUACAAAUAGAAAUGUAGCAAACCUAUCAUAAAGAACAACGCUGUCUGAAAGUAAAUCUCUUCUCUUUACGGAGGAUUAUCAGCUGAGAAGAACAAAGGCCUUGAUUUAUUAGGUUCGGAGGAUUUCAUAGCCACCAGAACCAUCAGAAAGAAUUAGUUUUCUUUUAUUAUUUAGGUGCUUUAUGCGCCUGACCUGCUUGUGGCUAAAUAUUCUCAUUUGUAAUUUUGUUUAACUGUUGCAACCUUUUGUUACUUUCCUGAAAAACUUGAUAUUUGUGCAAAGUUUUGCUUUUUCAUUUUAAGAACUUGUAUUUAUUAAUAAGCCCUAGUAAGCAAAGGAAAAUGUUCAUAUGUGAAAUCUUUUAGUGAUUGAACUUGGUCUGAUCACUCACUGCCAAAGGUGAAAGGGUAUUUAUGAGUUCUGUUCAUUUAAGGUUCAGCAUUAAAUGUGCAGAAGGAUGUCUUCAGUGCCUUUUUAUAUAAGGGGGAGAGAAUAAUCUACAUGAACUUAAUUUAAGUUGGAGUGAGCCAAAAAGUGGAAAUCCAGCAAACCUGUGACUGUAAACUGCUGCAGUGAACACGUACACCAUGUGAACUGUGUAGAAAUGUUAAAGAAUGUAAGUUUUGUAAAUGGAGCAAUUUAAAAAAAAAAAAAAAAAAAGUGUAAUUUCCUUUUAUAGUAAUGUUUUAAAUAAAUGAUGGAAGUUG